AUGGUGAAUGGUGACUUGAAGCGAACAAGGGAAGACCAAGAUCCUGAUGAUGAUACUAUCAACUCUUUGCUUGACCUAACUUUGUUAUGCUAUCAGGAUGACAUAUUGGCUCGGUUUGACUCGAUUUCAAGCACUUUAUUAUCCCAAUAUUAUAUUUCAGUCAUUCAUGGCAGCUUUCACUGGCAGACAGACUAUGAAAUCCUUGAACUAGAAUUUUACCUCCAAAAGUCAGGCUGUCAUGAGGACCCAUUCACUCAUGGAAGUGCAGAGCAAGAGCGCAGCGGGCAGUGGUAUUUUCAUCGUGCACCGAAACGCUCAAACUCGUCGCAAGUCAAUCUUGCUGCAAGUGUAGCAGGAGGUUAUCGGGGUGGUACAUGUAAAGGCCUUGAUUUGACAUUUGGUGGCCCGGCGUGCACGCAAACGUCUUCUAGUGCGGAGCCUCGCACCACAUCAGGAAUAUUGCGAGGUGGUGCUCUUCUGCGUCCCAUACGGCCCUCACUCCUCGUCUACGAUAUUCUGCGUGUAUGCAAUGCUUCGAACAUCAAUGAGCUAGUGUCUGUUAAAUGGCAAGGGGACAUCGCUGCCCUUUCAGCUCCGAGCCAAACGAGGAACAUUUAUAUGUACUUGCACAAGCGACCUGCAUCGAGCCUUGCGGCCUCGCCUGUGUUCCGUUCUCCACGCAUUGGACUCGAUCUUUUUAACCCGGAAACCAAAGCGAUCCCCACACAUCCACAAGUUGUCUUCGUCGGCAAACUGUAUCGGUACUUCACUUAUCCAGAGUUCCUCGUUGCUAACGGGUGCCCUCAAACGUUCGUAGGACUAUACAUGGCCCUUGUCAAAGGAAAGAAGUAUAAGCCUCGCUCUUUCAAGUUCUGCAACGAAUCAAGUAAGCUGACGGGAAUCAAGGACACAAGUGUUGCCAAAUAUUUAUCAGACUAUCAGCUAGGAUUUGAGAAAGGGAAGUUGGCGAACUUUGUCGGGGCUAUUGGAAAAGGUGCUCCAGCAUCGGCGUCUACAUAUCUCAAGAUGAUGGGCACACUCAGAAAGGUGCUCCAUGAGGCCCCAUGA